AUGGAUACCCAAAAGUUUGGAUUUUUUGUUGUAAUGCUAUGCAUAUCGGUAAUGCUAGCAAACGCGGAAGAUCCUUAUCACUUUUUUGAAUGGAAGGUCACCUAUGGUACAAUGUCGCCAUUAGGUGUUCCGCAACAAGUUAUUUUGAUCAACGAUAAGUUUCCAGGGCCCGUGAUUAACUGUACAAGUAACAACAAUAUUGUUGUCAAUGUCUUUAACAAUCUUGAUGAGCCGUUCCUUCUCACGUGGAACGGUGUCCAACACCGAAAGAAUUCAUGGAUGGAUGGGACACCUGGAACCAUGUGUCCUAUCCAGCCUGGAACCAACUGGACAUAUAAGUUCCAGGUGAAGGAUCAGAUUGGUAGUUACUAUUAUUUCCCAACCACCGCCUUGCAUAGGGCGGCUGGUGGUAUUGGCAUCCUCCAGGUGCAUAGCCGACCUUUGAUCCCGGUCCCAUUUGAUAAUCCAGCUGAGGAGUUUGCGGUUGUGGUUGGAGACUGGUUCAACAAAGGUCACAAGUCUUUGAAGAACCUCCUUGAUGGUGGGAAUUCCAUUGGUAGGCCUGAUGGUGUUCACAUCAAUGGCAAGUCAGUGCAGGUUGGUGCACCGGCUGAACCAUCGUGGACCUUUGAGGCUGGAAAGACAUACAGAUUUAGAUUUUGUAACGCCGGAAUGAGAACUUCCAUAAACUUUAGGUUCCAGGACCAUGACAUGAAGCUCGUCGAGCUUGAAGGGUCUCACCUUAUGCAAAAUGACUAUAUGUCAAUGGACCUUCACGUGGGCCAGUGCUUGUCGGUAUUGGUGACUGCUGAUCAACCACCCAAAGAUUACUACUUAGUGGUGUCAAGCCGAUUCACAAAGCAGCCACAUUCCACCGUUGCCACCAUCCGGUAUGCCGGAAGCAACAUCCCUGCAAAACCAGAGCUUCCACCCCCUCCACCAGUAAGCACAGCCGGAAUCGCAUGGUCCAUAAAUCAGUUCAGAUCAUUCAGAUGGAACUUGACUGCCAGUGCAGCCCGACCUAACCCACAAGGGUCUUAUCACUAUGGACAGAUUAACAUCACCCGCACAAUCAAGAUAGUCAAUAGUCGGAACUACAUUGAUGGUAAGCUUAGGUUCGCUUUGAAUGGUGUCUCCCACAUUGACCCCAAGACUCCCCUCAAACUCUCAGAAUACUUUGGAGUAGCUGAUAAAGAGUUCAAGUAUAACAUCAUCCCAGAUGAGCCACCACCUGAUGUCGAAAAGAACGCCAAACUCGCACCAAAUGUCGUAAACGCAACAUAUCGCAACUUCGUGGAGAUUGUGUUUGAAAACCGUGAGAACACCAUCCAGACAUACCAUCUGGAUGGAUACUCAUUCUUUGCAGUAGCAAUAGAGCCAGGAAGGUGGAGCCCGGAGAAAAGGAAGAACUACAAUCUGGAAGAUGCAGUGAGCAGACACAAUGUAGCUGUGUUUCCAGGGUGUUGGGCGGCGGUCAUGACCACCCUCGAUAAUGCCGGAAUGUGGAGCUUGAGAUCAGAAAUGUGGGAGAGAUUCUAUUUGGGCCAGCAGUUGUACUUCAGUGUACUCUCACCGGAGCGUUCCUUAAGAGACGAGUAUAGUCUCCCAGACACUACACAGCUUUGCGGCAUUGUCACUACUUUACCCAAACCUGCGCCUUACGUUUAGAUUUGAUUUUCCUGUAAGUAUUAAUUAGUUUUGCGCCCAUUUUGUGUGAGGCCAAACAUACGGAUUUCGAAAUUGCAAGGGAACAUGUAGAUGAUUUUGUUGCAAUCCCUUGACCAAAUGAAAUGGGCCUUCUUCUUGUUCGAUAGUAUUAUAGUGAUUGUUAGGCAAAUCGCUAUCAAACACAGACGAGGACAGUAUAUAUCUUGUAAAUUUGUAAUCAUGCUUCGAUCAAAUCAAAUAUUUUUUUAC